AUGGCUGUAGUGAGAAUUGGACUGUUUUUGCUACUUCUACUCAGUACUGGAACGACUGUUCUCGGAGAAGGAGGGGGGAUAGACGAAUGGAUUAGGUUGACCAACUCGCUGUUUUCUAACUACACAAAUGAGAUAUACCCUCUGUACAACUUCAGGGACACACUAGACAUUGAUAUAUCCAUGUUUCUUCUGUCCAUAAUCGACUUCGACGAACUAUCCGGUAUCAUAACACUUAGCGCAGGAGUUACACUAACAUGGCGAGACUAUCGGUUGCAAUGGACACCAAACGAAUACGGAGGGAUUAAGAAAAUAAGAGUUAAUUCGAAGAGAGUUUGGAAACCAAAGGUAUACGUAAUCACAGCUGCCGAUGACUUAAGACAAUUUGGUAGUGAUGAAUAUGACCUUGACAUUUCGUAUACUGGUGAAUGUGUGUUUAUUCCAGGAAAACUUUUGAAAUCCACGUGUACAGUGGAUAUGUCGAGAUUUCCCGUCGACACUCAAAUAUGCGGUAUACAAAUGAUGCUUUGGAGAUCACCUAACAAUGUGCAGCUAUCCUUUAGAAAGUCUCAUGUUUUGAUGACGUGGUAUUCGACAAACGGAGAAUGGAAUAUUGACAAAACGAAUGUCUCCUAUUAUAUGGGGUAUGGCUCACCAUCCAAGACUCUGGAGUUUGCGAUUCAAAUAUCUCGAAGAUAUCUUUAUUUUAUCGUAUCAAUGACUGUACCUGUCAUGUUGUUGUGCUUUCUCAAUCCGUUCGUGUUUCUCCUGCCCUCCUCUUCGGGAGAAAGGAUUUCUUACACUAUCACCAUGUUCCUGUCUCUAGCUGUCUACAUGACACUCAUUGGAGACAUCCUCCCGAAAGCGUCGGAAAACAUGGCUGGGAUGUCCUACUUUCUACUGGCAGUCUUAUUCUACAGCGGCCUCCUGAUCAUACUGACGAUAUUUACACUACGAUGUGAAUCAAUCGCAGAUGUUUCUGAGUUUCCGAGGUGGUUAAGACACCUUGCUCGCUGUAGUUGUAAACUCAAGAAAACCAAGAUUGUCAGCAGGACAAAGUCGGCCAAGGUUUUCACGGUAAGAGAGCUGGGGGAAAAUGAAGAUGAUACGGCGAUUGACGAUGACCCGGAGUGUUUGUGUAUUCAACACAAAGACGUGAUGGGAGUCAUUGAUAGAUCCCUGUUUGUUUCCUCAUUACUGGUUAUCUCUGUAAUCACUGCGUGGUUUCUGCUUACGUAUCACUCAUAG